AUGAAACCCGUCGCUCUUUCUUUCCUCCUAGGCCUCGCCAGCCUCGCCACAGCCCGCACUGACCUGGAAGGCUGCGUCUCCUCAAAAGUCAUAUUCGAUCACUACUACGCCAGCUACCUCUGGUACGUCCCGGAGAGCGGCGAGAUCUGCUCAAUCCUCGACUGCGGCGGCGGCCGCGGACCCCCAAGUACCACCCAACCGGGAUGUCCAGAAUACAGCGGGACCGAAACACUUACUCUCGACUACCUGGAGGGCUGGGGACCCAAUGGCAAACAGGCUGCCUCUACAAGCACCGUGGCGUCGACUGCUUCAUCGACCGCUGAUAUUGUGCUCGCUUCUGCCACGCAGACUUCCGACGCGUCGAUGGCAUCGGACUCAUCUUCCGCGUCUUCUUUUUCUUCUUCAUUCCCGUCCGGCACUCAGCCUGCUGAUAGCAUGAUUACGGACGGCCCCUCUGGUCUUUCCGCGGUCGCUUCGUCUACCUCGGCCACUGGUAAUGCUACUCCUACUUCUGCUGCGGCGACCACUCCCAAUGCUGCCACUACCCCCGCCUCCAAUGUGGGUGGUGUCGUGGUCAUGAUGGCUGCUAUGGUCGGGGCUAUGGUGCUGUAA